AUGUUAGUUGCAAGCAAAGGAAUUCUUGUAAAGUGUGAUCCCUCAAUAAAAGCACUCAUAAUCCAAAUAGACUCAGCUACUCCUGGAAUUGUUUUGGAGGAGUUGGAUGAUACACAUUUAUUGAUACAACAAGAUAAAGUGGAAACUGUCAAGAAUGAACUAAACAAAAUGUUGUCCAAGAACAUCUACAAUCCAUUUGAAGAAGAAUAA